AAAAAAAAAUCCAUCGCGUUUUCCCAUGGCUCGCCUCUUCCCCCAAAACCCCCGGUGAGAAAUCACCCCGCAAAAUCCAACCCCCCCAACCAUUCCCCUCCCCUCGCCUCGCCGCCGCGGGGGAUAGAGAGAUCCUCCAAUGGUGCUCCUCCCCCAAAUCCUCCCCUCCCCGCGCCUCGCCGCCGCGGCCGCCUCCCCCAACAGCGCAUUCCGCCCGGCGCCCCGCCUCCACUCCUCCGCCCCGGCCCGACGCGGGCGAGGGGCCCGCCUCGCCACCGCGGCGAGCGCGUCGGGGUCGGGGUCGGGGUCGUCGCCGUCGUCGCCGGAGCCGUACCAGCCGGCGGAGUCGGACGACGGGCUGGUGGAGCUGCCGCUGUUCCCGCUGCCGCUCGUGCUGUUCCCGGACGCGACCCACGCGCUGCACAUCUUCGAGUUCCGCUACCGCAUCAUGAUGCACACCGUGCUCCAGACCGACCUCCGCUUCGGGGUGGUGUUCGCCGGGUCCGGCGCCGGGGGCGCCGCCGACGUCGGGUGCGUCGGGGAGGUCGUCAAGCACGAGCGCCUCGCCGACGACCGCUUCUUCCUCAUCUGCAAGGGGCAGGAGCGGUUCCGCGUCGCGCGGGUCGUGCGCACCAAGCCCUACCUCGUCGCCGCCGUGCAGUGGCUCGAGGACCGCCCGCCCGCCGAGACCCCCGCGCCGGGGGACGACGCCGAGGCGCUCGCCACCGACGUCGAGGCCCUCAUGCGGGACGUCAUACGCAUCGCCAACCGCCUCAACGGCAAGCCCGAGAAGGACGUCGGGGACCUGCGGCGGGGCCUCUUCCCCACCCCUUUCUCCUUCUACGUCGGCAACACCUUCGAGGGCGCGCCGCGGGAGCAGCAGGCGCUCCUCGAGCUUGAGGACACCGCCGCCAGGCUGCGCCGCGAGCGGGACACGCUCCGCAACACGCUCAACUACCUCACCGCCGCCUCCGCCGUCAAGGACGCCUUCCCCUCGUCGCCGUCGUCGGGAUGAUGAGGUGAAUGCUUUCCUUCCUUUCUUCCUCCUCUCGUCUCUGCCGCCACGAUGAUAAGGAGUUUGUGGAUGGUAUAGGACUAAACUUUCUUAUCACUUUUUUUUUUGGCCUUUUAGCUUUUCCUCUUUUUGUCACAAUUCUAUGGCUAGGUUUUACUUGAAUGCAGCUAGCAUUUUUAGCGUGUAAAAUUGUAUAAUUUCGGUGUGUAUUAACUAAGAAAAUGUGGGCUGUGAUGAUGAUCCAUGAUAAUGAUAAGAAUUUUGCUUUUCUGAAUCUGAUGCUUCUGCCUUCAGUCUGGGAAUAGAAUGUAAUA